AUGACGUUUGAUUUAAAAGGUUCCCCGGAAUGUGUGAAAUCUGAAUUGGAAUUGUUUCAGAUGCCUGGCACACAGACAGUUAUUCAAAGCGAACAGUGGGUUGAAUUUCACCCGUUAUCGAAUGUGUUUGAUGACGGCCCCGUCGAAUUUCACAUUUCUGAGUCAGGUGAUGAAUUUAUUGAUUUAAGUCAGACUCAACUUCAUGUGCAAGCAAAAAUUUUAAAAGACGAUAAUACCAAUUUGACGGCAGCGGAUGAUACCAUUGGCCCAGUUAAUUUAUUUUUGCGCUCCUUGUUUUCUCAAGUGGAUGUAUCAUUAAACGACCGCAUUAUAUUGAAUUCGAGCAACACUUAUCCUUAUAGAGCCUAUAUUGAAACGCUUUUAAACCAUGGAUAUGAUAGCAAAACUUCACAAUUGACUGCAGAGCUUUACUAUAAGGAUACUAACGAUGGACUUAAAAAAAGAUCUGAAUACUUCAAACUAAGUUCAAGUGUGGAUAUGAUUGGAUGUAUUCAUAGUGAUCUACGUCACCAAAAUAGGUUAUUAUUAAACAUGGUGGACAUAAAAAUUAAACUGAGUCGCAGUAAACCAGAGUUUUGUUUGAUUGGAAAAACAGGUUAUAAAGUUAUAUUAGAUAGAAUUUCCCUUUUAAUAAGAAAAGUACGCGUGAGCUCCGGAGUUAUUCUAGGACAUGCAAAAGCUUUAGAAAAAGAUACUGCAAAAUAUCCUAUCAACCGAGUCCUUUGUAAAGUAUACUCCAUUCCGAAAGGAAAUAUGUCAUUUGUGCAAGACAAUGUGCUUGUGGGGCAAAUUCCUAAACGAUUCAUCAUAGGGUGUGACGAAAAUGAUGCAUUUCACGGAACAUUUGAGAAAAACCCAUACGAUUUUAAACACUUUAAUUUAAAUUUCAUCGCAGUCUACGUAGAUGGACAACCAGUCCCUCAUAAUCAACUAGAACUCAACUUUCCACAAAAACAGUAUAUCAGAGCUUAUCAAAAUUUAUUUAUGAGCACUGAACACAUGAGAAGUGACAAAGGUAACUUUAUUUCGAGAGAAGAAUUUUGUGAGAGUUAUACUUUGUAUGCAUUUGAUUUAUCACCGGAUUUAUGUGACGGCGAGCAUUUUAAUCUAAUAAAACACGGUAAUUUAAGAGUGGAAAUGAAAUUUGAGAAACCGUUAGACAAAACAGUGUGUGUCAUUGUGUUUGCCGAAUUUGAAAACAUUAUAGAAAUAAACAAAUCAAGAGACAUAAUAUACGACUUUGGAAAUUAA